AUUGCAAAACUGAAGGUUAUCCUUCUUGUCAAGGACGGGUAUUCGUCUGUAGUACCGGUAAUACUUGGUCCGUAAAUAACAAAGAAUGUCGAAAAUGUCACACAAUCCCACUCCUGCUUCAGUUCCAAUUGAAAAUUCUGCUUUAGAUUCUGUUGAAGCAGCUAAAGCUAAACAGAAUUCUUUACGUGAACGUUUAGCUGCAAGACGUCAACUUUUAGCUUCUGUUACUCAUUCUACUAAAAAUUCGUCUUCCGCUGCCUUGCUUACAAAUAAUAACAGUACUGGAAUUGGUUCAAUUAACAAACCUUUUAAUGUUAGCCAGUCAACUGUCUCGGUUAUCGAGAAUGCAUUGAAACGAAAACUCACUGAUAAUAAUAUAACGAGUGUGUCGUCUGAUACACUUUCAGUCCAUUCUCAAUCGAAUAUAACUUCUUUAUCAGGAUUAUUGAAUCCGUCAUCUAGUAACUGUGAUCAUAUUGGGAAAUGUUCAUGUCACAAAUCACAAAAUGUAUCUACUGUCGAUUCGAAACAAUCAGUCCACAGUUGUAAUUUACUUGAUAAAUCAUCUGAUGUCGAAAAAUCAAUCCCUAAACAGUCAAGCAGUAUUCAACAAUUGAAAACGUCACAUCAACACGUAAUUCAUAAAUCAGAAACAAUGCCUAUAGACUGUGAACGGAAACCAAAUUUUUCUAAAAUCAAAAAACUGUGUGAAAACAAUGAGUCAAUAUCCGAUAGAAAUAAACGUCUACCUAACGAUAAAUGUAAUCAUGAAAUAGAAUUUGAUUUAGAAAAUCUGUUGGGUGCUGAAACGAUACGUGAAAAAGAAAGUAAACGAAUACGUGAAGAAGUUAUGGAACUAUUGAAUAGACAAUCGACCAAAGAAAGAUUCCUAACGGAACGUUUCCGAACUCAAGGAGGCAGUCAAGUACAACAGUUUUGUUCUUAUGGUACCCGUACUGAAUGCUCAAAAGUUAAAGCACGAACUGGUGAUAAGAAACGGUGUACUAAACUUCAUUUCCGUAAAAUUAUACACCCACAUACGGAUGAAUCUCUUGGAGACUGUUCAUUCUUGAAUACUUGUUUUCAUGUUGACACGUGUAAAUAUGUUCAUUACACAAUCGAUUAUACAGAUAGUGUUAAUCAACAAUUGGAUGGUGGUGUUGCUAAUCGGAAUGUGUUAAAUAAUAAAAAAAAUCAUCAAAAUGAUAAUAGUUCUACAACAAAUAUAAUGUCUUCGUCAUCAUCAUCAGUAUCGUCGUCACAAAUCAACACAUCUUCAGUAGAUUCAAUUAAUGACGGUGUCAGCGUUAGUGGCGGUGGUGCUGUUAAAGACAAUGGAACAUCACUAAUUUUAUAUCCACCUCAGUGGAUUAACUGUGAUAUACGACUGAUAAAUAUGUCAAUCCUUGGAAAAUUUGCUGUAAUUAUGGCUGAUCCACCAUGGGAUAUACACAUGGAACUGCCGUAUGGAACAAUGUCAGACGAUGAGAUGAGACGACUAGAUAUACCUUGUUUACAAGAUGAUGGUUAUAUAUUCCUAUGGGUAACGGGAAGGUCAGUAAAUGUUUUUUUUCUCAUUUAAAUUACAACUGAUAAGUUCGAUUUUAAUGUACACUAGUGGUUGUUUUGUUCUAUACCAGGGGAUCUGAAAAUCGUUCGUUCAGAUAUUUAAGUUCCACUUCUCGGGUUAUGUGUUUAAAACAUUAUGUGUUUCAGAUUGGAUAGUUCCAUAAAAUUAAGUGAUGUGUGAAUCUACUUCGAAUGUUACCUAAUUUGAAAGGUGAACCAAUCGUUACAUAUGCGUAUUACUCUAUUUAUCUUGAUAUGUAAUGGUAAUGAACAUAGUAGAUUAAAAUAACGUUCAUAACCAUCAAAUUAAAGCGUAAGACUAGUUCAUGGAAUCACUGAUUGCUGGUUUAUACCGUAUCGAGAUGUGUACUUCCUAUGAUUGGAUUUCACAUGAACAUUGUAGGAUCUACGUAACUUUCUUUUCGUCUAUUCGAGUUUUAGACAUAAUGCUACUGCGAUGUGUAGCGUCUUAAACUGUCAUGCUUCUUAAUAAAAACUCUGACACCUUUCUAAACUCUUGCUUGAAAACUCUGUAAUUUGGAUGAUUGCCUUCUAGUUAUUUUUUUUACUUCGAAUCACACAGAGCUAUGGAACUUGGUCGAGAAUGCUUACGUUUAUGGGGUUACGAACGCGUAGAUGAGAUUAUAUGGGUUAAAACUAACCAAUUGCAACGUUUAAUUCGGACAGGACGUACAGGACAUUGGUUAAAUCAUGGCAAAGAACAUUGUUUGGUUGGUGUAAAAGGCAACCCAAAAGGUGUAAAUCGAGGUCUCGAUUGUGAUAUAAUUGUCUCUGAAGUUCGUGAAACUAGUCAUAAACCUGAUGAAAUCUACGGUAUUAUUGAACGAUUAUCUCCUGGUACACGCAAGCUCGAAUUAUUUGGACGUCCUCAUAACUUACAGCCUAACUGGAUCACGCUUGGAAAUCAACUGGACGGAACUUAUUUGGUUGAUCCAGCAGUUGUUGAAAGAUUUAAAAAACAUUAUCCAAAUGGUUUGGAUAUAAAAGUCAAAUAAAAACUAGACCAUGCAUUCAUUCUGAUUUAUACAUACAUAUGUACAUUCGAUUUAUAAACUCACUGUAAAUAUUGUAAAAAUAUAAAGAAUAUUACUGC